AGCACUGUUCGUCAAACAGCUGAUUCGAGCCGAAUUUUUAAAUGUGAUUCUAAGGAAUAUCCGCUAAAAAAAAUGGUUAAAAUAAAGAAAAAGGAGCCUAUGAAGAAGCGUCUCACCCGCAAGGAGCAGCGCAAGCAGAAGCAGGAGGUGAAGAAAACCCACAAGCGGCUCUACCAUGCGGGGAAAACAAACGGUGCACAGCGCGUGGCCGAUGCGGAAGCGGCUGCCGCUGCAGCGCAGUCUUCAAAGGGUGGCCGCAAGAAGAAGAAGAAGAAGGCGAAAGUGAAUCCCGAAGAGAUCCCGCUGGAACAGCUACUCUCCGGGGAAGUGGAUGACGAUGAUGACGAGUCCAUUGCCUCGGACUUCAGCGAUGCCGAAGUCGAUGCCCUGCUGCCCGCCAGCCGCAAGGUGGAGACCUACGAACCGCUGAGCAAGCAGCCAAAGGCACAGCGGGGCGCCAUCCAGCGCCAGGAUGAGGUGGAGAUGCGCAAACGUGAGCUGCGCCAACAGAAGGAGCUGCAGGGCAAGGCGCGCAAGCAGCGGGUGAAGCAGCUUAAGGUGGACAACGAGGAGGAGGAUCGCGAGAUUGCCAAGCUGGAGAAGAAGCUGAAGCUGAACAAGAGCAAGGACAAGAAUCGCCUCGUGCGCAAAAUGUUCAACGAUGGCCUGGACUAUCUGCUGGACUUUUGCCUGGACGAUGAUGAGGAGAAGCAAAAGUGGGAGGAGAAGCAGGAGCGAAAGCGCCAGAUGAGAGAGCAGCAGGAGAAGGAAGAGGCGGGCAUGUGGAGCGACGAGGAAGAGGAGGAGGAGGAUGAAGAUGAGGCACAGGACAUGCCAGAGGAUGACAGUGAACAGAGCGGGGAGAGCGGCAUGGAGGAGUCGGUAGAGGAGCACAGCGAAGAGGAGGAUGAAGAUCAGUCGGAGGAUGAGCCGCAGUCGAAAAUCAAGGAAGACAUCUACGGCCGCAAACGCGAUGCUGAGGGCAACAUUUUGCCCGAUCCCAGCGAGCAGGAGGCCACAGCCACCGGCCAGAAGUACAUACCACCGCAUCAGCGUGCUCUAAUGGCCGCCGCCAGUGCGGGCAGCAACGAGAAGCAAGCGGAGCUGCUGGCACGCCUGCUCAAGCAAUGCAAAGGUCUGCUGAAUCGUUUGUCCGAGGCAAAUCUGCACAAGAUUGCCGCUGGCAUUGAGGCGCUCUACAUGAAGAAUUCCCGCUACAACAUGAACGAAACGCUGACGAAGUUGCUGCAGGAGGCGCUGCUUGGACCAACACGCACCCAGGAGCGCAUGGUGCAGGAGCACAUGGUGCUGCUGGCUUAUUUGCACGCACAAAUUGGCAGCGAGAUUGGCGCACACUUUCUGCAGACAUUUGUGGAGCUGUUCGAUGGGCAUCUGAAGCAACUGGCCAGCCUGGAGGUGGAGGACAAGCAGCUGAACAACAUUGUGCUGCUCCUCUGCUACAUGUACAUCUUCAAGAUCUACGAAUUGAGUCUGCUGAUGGAGCUGAUAGGCCGCCUGGCGGAUAAUCUGUGCGAGAAAACCGUCGAGUGUCUGCUGCUGAUCUUCCAAUCGAUUGGCUUUCGCCUGCGCAAGGACGAUCCGUUGGCCUUUAAGACCAUGAUGCAGAAUGUUCAGUCAAAGAUUGCCGCCGCACCGCUGGAACUCAAGGAGAAUCCCCGCCUGCGCUUCAUGGUGGACAUCCUAAAUGCCGUGAAGAACAACAACAUGAACAAGCUGCCGCAAUACGAUCCCGAGCUGGCGGAGAACCUACGAAAGCGUCUGAAGGCCAUGCUCAAGAACGAUCGCUAUGUGGUGACGCUCAAUAUAACCCUAGAGGAUCUGCUGCGCGCCGACAAGGUGGGUAAAUGGUGGAUCGUGGGCUCUGCGUGGACGGGAAACCUCAACGAAAUGGGCGCAGCAAGCAAGCAGAAGGCAAACCAAUCGCAAUCCUCUGCGGGUUUUGCCGAUCAACUGCUGGAGCUGGCCAAGAAGCAGCAAAUGAACACAGCCGAGCGACGGAAUAUCUUUUGCAUCAUCAUGAGCGCCGCUGACUAUGUGGAUGCCUUCGAGAAGAUUCUCCACUUGUCGCUGAAGGAUCAGCGUGCGGUGGCCUAUGUGAUCAUACAUUGUGCCUUGAACGAGCGCCGCGCUAAUCCCUACUAUGCACACUUGGCCCUCAAGUUCUGUCAGUACAAUCGCAAGUAUCAGCUGGCGUUUCAGUUUGCGGCCUGGGAUCGCAUCAACGACAUUGAAUCGCUGUCCAAGGCACAGAUACGCAAUCUGGCGAGCUUCCUGCAGCAGCUGAUACUCGCCGCGGGCCUGCAGUUGUCCGUGCUCAAAGUGGUGGACUUCAUGCAGCUGGAGCGGCUGAGCUUUUACUUUAUGCGCGAGAUUAUGGUGAAGCUGCUGCUGUCCAGCGAUGAGCGUGAGCUGCAGCAGGCAUUCGAGCGCAUUGCCAAGAACUCCAAGCUGCAGCAGUUCAAGCAAAGCAUUCGCCUCUUCAUGCAGCACUUUCUGCUGCAGCAGGAGCAGCUGGCGAAGCUCAAGCUGGAGGAGGUGCAACAGUUGCUGCUGCAGCAGCGCGUCGAUCAACUGGACAAGCUCUUGGCCUACGUGGACUUGUAAAUUACACUAUAGAAAGAGA